AUGCAGGCACCUUGUGACUAUCAGUUGGCCUUGGCUGAUUGGGAGGGGAGGCCUGCUAUGGAACCAACUGCAUGGGUUCCUGGCCUCCCUUUGGAGAUGACAGUUGCUGCUCCUGCUAGCAAUAGUCUUGUCGUUAACGGACGGCGGCAGCUGGUUGAGAAGAGCAGUGAUCAUGAGUAUGCGGUUGAAGUAUUCAAGCAAGCAGCACAGUCAUUCCAGGAUGAACAUGACCAGAUGAAAACAAAGAUCCACUUGUUCCCUCCGAGCAUGGAAGAUCUCGUCGACAAGUAUGCUGCCCCCAAUGUCGUGGCCAUCGGCCCUUACCACCAUGGUGGGACUCCGGCCCUCCAGCACAUGGAGAGCACCAAGCAUGUGGCCGCCUGGCACUUCAUCAAUGACUCAGGCUGCUCCGUUGACGAGGUGUAUGGGGCGGUCUGCGAAGUCGCUGAUGAGGCCCGCAGCCACUAUGAUGAGAACAAGGUGUGGUCUUUUAGCGACGAUGACUUCAAGCCUAUGAUGUUCUAUGAUGGCUGCUUCCUGCUGCAGUUCAUGCUACAUUGCGUGGGCGGGGUGGCGAUGGAUCCAGUGUUGAGCAGUGCUUUCAGCUCCGACAACAUAAACAUCUCCCGUGAUAUCGUGCUGCUUGAGAACCAGCUCCCAUGGGUGGUGGUUGAGAAGCUCAUGAGAUUCAUGCCCUCGCCUGGCCUGGACCUGGUACAGUUCACUCGAAACGCCAAAGCCUCUCUGCAAGCCCGCCAACACCUCGAAGACAUACCUCUUGUAUGGGACAGUAGCUACACACCUUCGCAUCUUCUUGGCCUCCUACGAUACUAUAUUGUAGGAAGCACUCACAUUAGUGAUACUGAUGAGUCAUCCGAGCCCUUAUCUGAAAAGGCCAAGAAAUUAUCGAUUUCUGUCAGUGCCAUCGAGCUUGCAGAGAUCGGCAUCGAGAUCACGGCCACCAAAUCUACGGCAGAGCUAAAGGAAAUGAGAAUAAAAAAGGCGUCCCUCUCUGGUGAGCUCUUAUUGGCACCACUGUCCCUAGACUAUGGAAACGCAAGCUUCCUAGUCAACAUGGCUGCUUUUGAGCUAUGCACGACACCAGACUUCUUUGAAGAGGAUGAGGAGAAUUCUACUGUUUGCUCGUACCUCUGCCUCCUGGGUAUGGUCACUGACAGUGAGGAGGAUGUGCAGAAGCUGCGAAAAAAGCAUAUCUUGCAAGGAGGAGCAGGGCUCAAUAACCAGGAUGCGCUUGACUUGUUCAACAGACUUGAGAAGCACCUGCGCCCUGGAGUCCAAUAUCUGCGCACCAUUUUAGCUAUUGAGAACUACAGGACCAACAGGCCGAUCCGGAUCAUGCUGUACAGAUUUAUUUACAAGAACUUCAAGACCAUCGCCACGGUGGUGACCGCCAUUGUUGGAUUUGCCGGGUUCCUCGCGACGCUCAAGUCUCUCAAGUAA